CGCAGCUCCGAGUGGCGACCAUGAGCGGCGGGCCGGCGGGGGGGGCAGCCUGGGCCGCGCUGGAGCCGGCGGAGCUGCUGCUUGCCGCGCGGGCCGGGCCGGGCGUGGGCGCGGGCGAGGUGGGCGCGGGCGCGGCGGCGCUGCUGGGCCAGGCGGCAGCGCUGCUGGACCAGGCCGGGGCGCCGGGAGGGUGGCCGGCGGCGGCGCGGGAGACCUGCCUGCGGGCGGCCGAGCAGCUAGGCGACUGGGCCUGGGAGCGGCUGCAGGAGGGCCCGUGGCACCGCGUGGGCCCGGCCUGGCGCCGACUGUUCGCCCACGCUUGCCUGCUGCGCGCGCUCUGCCUCUGCCGCGCGCGGGGGCCCUGCGCCGAGGCCCUGCGCGCCUGCGACCUGGGGCUGCUGCUGGGCGUGCCCGGCCCCGAGCUGGCCCGCCUGGCCGCGCUGCUGCAGCAGCGCCUGCUGCCCGCCCCUCAGGGCCCACCCCGCAAGAAGCCGCGCACGGAGCAGCCACCGGCCCCUGCUGAGGCGGCGGGCCUCUCCCUGGCCCGGCUGCAGUGCCCGUCCCUGCAGCGCUUCCGCGAGGGCUUCCUCCUGCCCGGGGCCCCGCUGGUGCUGGAGGGCGUGGUGGACCACUGGCCCUGCCUGCACAAGUGGAGCGUGGAUUACAUCCAGCAGUUGGCAGGCAACCGCACCGUCCCUGUGGAGCUGGGUGCUCGCUACACUGACCAAGAUUGGUCCCAAGAUCUCAUGACAGUCGGGGAAUUCAUCAACCAGUACAUCAAGGAGGAGAAUCCCAGUGGAUACCUUGCUCAGCACCAGCUUUUCGAGCAGAUCCCAGAGCUGAAGCAAGACAUUGGCAUCCCAGACUAUUGUUGCCUGGGCAAAGAUGAUGAAGAGAAGAUCACCAUCAAUGCCUGGUUUGGUCCAGCAGGGACCAUCUCACCUCUUCACCAGGAUCCACAACAAAAUUUCUUGGUCCAGGUGAUGGGGCGCAAAUACAUUCGCCUGUAUUCUCCUGAUCAGUCUGAAAAACUGUAUCCGCAUGAAGGCCACCUUCUGCACAAUACCAGCCAGGUCGAUGUGGAAGACCCCAACUUAAUAAAAUUUCCUAAGUUCCAAGCAGCUGCCUUUCAGGACUGUGUCUUGAGCCCUGGACAGGUUCUGUUUAUCCCAGCCAAUUACUGGCACUAUGUUCGAGCCCUGGACACCAGUUUCUCUGUUAGCUUCUGGUGGUCCUAGCUUAUGCUGAGAACAGAAGAGCCAUUCCAAGACAAAGAAUUGGCACAAGCCAGAGUGCCAUGGCUGAUCCAGGAAAAGCACACCUGUCCAAAGAGGCAGCAAGCAGAAUAAUCUCGCCUUCAGGGUCCUUCAACUUCCAAACGCGUUGGAAUGACAAACUUUGGGA